UUUGUCGAGUAUGUGCGUGUGUUAAUUGGAACGCGAAAAAGUUGGCUGCUGUAACAAAAAUCUUUACUUAUUAGCAUAAACUAGAUUUUAAUAUUCAUUAAAUCAUUAUGCAAUAAAACAAGUGGACAAUAAACUGAAGUGCAAUGUAUUUGAAAAACUAAUGGUAACUUCUGUAUCGCCAAGUAAGCAGCACAGUUUGAAACGCACACACACACACAAACGUUCACGACAGGGAGGCACAAAACAAGUUCUAAUAAGAAAAAGAAAGCCCAAACAGUGUAGGGGGCAAGGCACCAACACAAAGAAGCAACAGCUUGCAGUGGCUUUGUGAUGGGCACAAGCGGUGGCUUUAAAACCGAAGAACCCAGACCAAUGGCUUUGAACCAUUCAAGCAGCAGCAACAGUGCUAGUAGCGUGAGUGUUGCCUCCACCAAUGCAUCGGCCGCACAAUUGGUAGCCAGCGGCGCGGCUGCCAGCUCUGCGGGUAACACUUCACUAAGUGUCGAACUGUGUUUGGUAUGUGGCGAUCGUGCCUCCGGACGCCACUACGGCGCCAUUAGCUGUGAGGGAUGCAAGGGAUUCUUCAAACGCUCAAUACGGAAGCAGCUGGGCUACCAGUGCCGGGGAGCUAUGAACUGUGAAGUGACGAAGCAUCAUCGGAAUCGUUGCCAGUUCUGUCGGCUGCAAAAGUGUUUGGCCAGCGGCAUGCGAAGUGAUUCCGUACAACACGAACGGAAACCCAUUGUCGAUAGGCGCGAUGCUAGCGUUGGCGGCAACAGCGCCGCCUCCUCAUCCUCCAGCAGUGUUGCGGCCACCAACAGUUCUUCCAGCACCAAACCCAAUUACCAACAGCAGCCGCGGAACAAGCAGCAUGUCAGUACAGCUGCUGCCAGCGCUGCUCUUUUUCAGCAUGCGGCCAAUACGCCACCAGUGCCAAGCACGACAGCCACUGCUUUUGGACUAGCUGAUAACCUCUUUCCCAUGAGCCUGAAUUUCGCAGAACUCACACAGACUCUGAUGCUCGCUUCACAGCAGCAGCAACAACAACAGCAACAACAACAAUCUAGCAGCGCCACAAGCCACUGUUAUUCGCCCGAGCCCAAGGCCGAUGUGGACGAUGAAGAUGAUGACUCCAUGGACAACAGCAGCACAUUGUGCCUCCAGUUAUUGGCAAACAGCGCCAGCAAUAAUAAUUCACAGCAUUUAAAUUUUAAUGCUGCUGCGGCGGAAACAUUGCCGACCACAGCCACUGUGGGUCUUAUACAAAGCUCCCUGGACAAGCGUGUCAUAGACAAAGCUUUGCAGAUACUGCAGCCCAUACAGCAGCAUUUAGAGCGGCACAGUGGUAAUCAGAGCAGCGCCUCUGUGGCAACACUCAAUAUUAAACAUGAAUGCGACUCGGAUGCCGAGGACAGCGGCACAGAGGAUGUUGAUGCAGACCUAGAGCACAUGGAUUUGGACAUUGAUUUUUGCAAUCGCAGUGAUUUUGUGGCCAGCGAAGCGAUCUUCACACAGGACUUGCUAACGGAUGCACAGUGCGCUUUUCACGUACAACCGCCAACAUUGGUCCACUCGUACCUCAAUAUGCAUUAUGUGUGCGAAACGGGAUCUCGUAUUAUCUUCCUUACUGUGCACACCUUGCGUAAGGUGCCGGCUUUUGAAUUGCUGGAUGCUCAUACACAAGUGAAAUUGUUGCGUGGAGCUUGGCCAGCUUUAUUGGCAGUAGCGCUAGCCCAGUGCCAACGUCAACUUUCUGUCUCUACAAUCAUUGGUACGCUUAUCCAGAGUGUGCGUCAGCUAGCGGACAUUGAUAAAAUCGAGCCGCAGAAGAUCACAAAGCUGGCUCAGCUUACCCGUACUUUGCAUGAUUUCGUGCAGGAGAUGCAGACGCUUGAUGUGAGCGAUAUGGAUUGUGGACUUCUGCGUCUGAUUUUGCUUUUUAAUCCGCUUCAGUUGCAGCAGCGUCGGGAGCGUCAGUUGCGUGCUUAUGUAAAGCGUGUGCAGCUUUAUGCUUUGUCGACACUUAGGCGGCAGGGCGAAGAAAGGUGCAACUCAUUGUUUGCCAGCCUAUUGCCCUUAAGUGGCUUGGAGUCGGAUUUAAUGGAGGAGCUGUUUUUUGCAAAUCUGGUGGGUCAGAUGCAAAUUGAUGCUAUGGUACCCUUCAUUCUGAUGAUGUGCAGCAGUAGUGGACUGUAGGAGAGCAAGACUGACGAAUGGAUUGGGAGUAGAUGGCUGAGCGUAGGGGGGGCCAAUCGCGCCUAGUGCGGACAAUACUUAGAUAUAAUUAUAAUAUAUAAUUACAUACAUAGAUACACAUACACCUGCAUUAAAAUAUAUGAAGUGCAAUUUUAGUGUAUUACACUCAA